ACUGCUUGUUUGGGAUGGAAAGCUGCUUGAUAUGGCUAUGUGGCUCGAUGCGCAGAAGAGUACAUCAGCGGUAUACUUUCCCCGAAUAUCGGUGUAGACAACCAUGAAGUAAAGAGGCAGCUCAUAGGUCUGCAGCGCAAAACGACACCAUCCUCGACAUUCCAUCAUGCACUUCCUUCACACCCUCCUCCCCUUCAUGCCCGUAUCUUUCGCCGCCGCUGCUGUCCUCCCCUUCGACCAUACCAACCUCGUAGCUAAGGAUGUCUUCGGGAGACAGACACUCACUGCCUCGAUGGUCGUUGCGAACAUCCAGACGGUCACGACCCUGUCGUACAGUCUUAAACUGACGAUCAACUCGGCUGCGAGUGUCAACUCCUACACCGAGGUGUUCACUCUCGCUCAGAACAUCGCGUCUGAUUUCGAUGGGAUAUGCACGGCGUUGACCAUGGAUGUUACGGCUAUGAACGGUGUCACCUUCACCGACGCAACAUCCUGCCAGACGAUCGGCAACGCUUUGACCCAGUUCGUGAUGGUGCACCACGACGUGCUCCAGGCACUCAUCUUCCAGUCUCCCGUAUUCACGAACUGGGGAUGCGCCGCCCCGAUCCUAGCAGUGUUGGAAACGCUCGAAACAGAAAUCGAUUCAUUCGCGUACGCCGCGAUCCAGAUGCUUCCCUCCCAGACCCUCGCUAUCCAGCAAGGCCAGAAUAUGCUCGACAACGAUUGUAGCAGCGCGAAGACCAAGUUCAGCCUGACCUGCCUCCUUGGCCUAUGCUUGCCCGAGGAGACCGCCGAUGGAGGUGAUGCGGUCUGAGGCACGGGCGUAUAGUAUGAGAUUAGCCUGCUGUGCU